AUGAACUUCAUUUUGUUUGCAUAAAGUACUGGUACCGCGGUAAGAAGCAAGAAGCCAGAUCGGUCUUAUCCAACAAGGCACACUGGAGGCCAGCCGAUAAGUCCCGUGAAAUGCCAAUUUUUGAGCGCAGAAAAAUGAGAGGAACGACGAGGCAGAGAGACAUUUUUGCGUGUGCUGGGCAAUCAAUUGGCGCAUAAAGUGAGAGUGAUUCACUUCAGCAAACCCCGGCAUUUCGGUGGCCCAUGCCCCAGCGCGGUUGUUCCUUCGCGUCCCCUGAAAUUCUUUUUUGAAACCCAUUUGAGCUCAAGCAAGACCACCAAGCCCGAGGCCAAAAGUCAGUUAGCCAACCAUUUGCUUGUCUCUCAAGCAGCCGUUAAAGCGGUGUACCACGCCAAAAUCAUGGAGACCCAGGCAACAACAACCAUAGCCGCAAUGACAAAGCGAAAGGUAGUGGAGCCUUGGAAGUGGGAGGAGGAGCAGCAAGUCCCUGGGGCGGCCAACAAGCCCGAGGCCGAUCCUGCGCAAGCAAGCACUGGCAAUGCCACACGAGCACCGCUGGCACCACCACCCCGUCUCGAUAGCGAGGAGGACAAUCGCCUCCAACCCUGGCAGAGCCUCAUGGACGAGAUCGAGCGGGAGAGCAGCCUCAGCCCCCCAGGCAGGGACUACUUUCCGUGUCAAGACGGGUUUUACGCCCACUCCCUCGCCGGUUAGGAUAGGUGAGUAACUUACCCCUUACCUGGCUGGGGCUGAUCAUCGGUUCGGGCCCUCACCGUCUGCAUGUGGCUCAUCAUAUGACAGACCACGCAUCCCUAGACGCGGCAUUUUAUUCGACGCGCUGGGAUGAGGGGGAACUGACCGGAU